AUGCCGCCAUCCCAAGACCACGGGGAUCAACAAGGCCUACUGACUACCAACUCGGGUAGCAAUGCCAACAACACUCCUCAGGUCUCGGACACUGAUCUCUCAAGUCGCCGCAUACCCAGUGAUGACUCGAACACUUCGGACGCAGACUUUCAGAAGUUAUUGUCGUCGAGGCAACUAGGAUCUGGAAGAGCAUCGCAGGACACUAGCAACAGACCUAAAUCUGCAGCGGAAAAGGCGUCUGAGAACAAAGACCGCAUUGCAGAGCUUCGGGCGGAGCUGGAUGCCAACCAAAAACAGAUUCAGCAGCUCGGCGAUGCUCAAAGGGCAGUGCAUGACGCUGUCCAGGGCAUAACAGCUACACAGGAACUGUUGCAUGUCGCUCCCGAACCCCCUAACCUCGGCCGGAACCCCAGCUAUCGAACUGAGGCUAGCGCGCGGUCCCAGGAAAAGGAUGACCGUCCAGAAGAACCCGUGAAACGACCGUCUGGCGCCAGGUUUCAAGGUGAUACUCCCGACGCGUACUACAAGCUUAACCCUUGGUAUGGACAACCGAAAAGAAAGCCUGUCUUCGGUCUGGGACAGCCUCUUCCCCAUACGAUUCGGGUUUUGAAUCCAGUCGACGGCGAAGCUAGUAAGAAACCCUCUGCCGAAAAAGACCCUGAAAAGGGUGAGGGAGGACAGGAUCCCGAGAAGGCAAAGGGUAAACAUGACACUGAGAAAGCAAAGGGUAAGCAAAAUCCCGAGAAGGUAAAGGACAAGCAAAACUUUAGCCUCGGCGAGACCUUGCCUCACCAGAGGGAUGGGCAACCCGUGUCCCAUCAUGACCCAUCGUACAGCUUGGGGAAAGACUUCCCUCACAACAAUGGCAAGCCUGGGGGAGGAAAAAAGCAGGGCAAAGCCCCACGCAAAGCCACUGUUGAGACUCCAGAGGAGACUGAGAAGCGGGAGCAACAGGAGGAAGUUCUACCCUACGAAAACCAAGCCGCAGCAAACCCGACCGGGACGGAGGGUCGGGCGCCCCUGGACAGCGAUGGUCGCCCGGAGAAGCUGUUCGAUCCUUUUGCCGACUUCGACGAGAUUGGAAACAUCGCCAUUCCAGAACAGGACAACACUAAAUGGGCUAUCGAUGCCGAACCUAUUGGCCAGGCCGAAAAAGACGAAGCAGAAGAGGGAGAGGUCGAUCCUGAUGAGCUAAGGAACUGGUGGGCGAGGAUACGCGCGAAACAUCCUGAGCCUCUUGCUGAGUUCCUUUGUACCGUGGUCUCAAUCUUUUUGGGCAUGUGCGCUACCCUUCAGGUCAACUUGACAAACGGCCAAUACGGGAACUACGAGACGUCCUGCUGGGCAUGGGGCAUUUCCUUCAUGCUGGGCAUCUACAUAGGCGGUGGAGUCAGCGGCGCGCACAUGAACCCAGCCAUAUCAUACUCUCUCUGGCUCUUCCGCGGUUUUCCCGUCAAGCAAGCCAGCAUCUACUUUGUGGCACAAAUACUGGGAUGCAUCGUCGCAUCAGCACUGGCCUACGCCAUCUUCCACGACGUGAUCCACUACAUGGACCCAGGCCUAGUCGACACAGCCACGUACUUCUAUUCCAAGCCCCAAGACUAUGUCAGUCCGGCCACGGCAUUCUUCACACAGUUCCUUGCAGCCGCCAUCAUGAUGAUGUCGGUGCUCGCGCUUGGCGAUGACCAAAACAACCCUCCUGGUGCGGGCCUGCAUUCCUUCAUCAUGGGGCUGGUGCAGACGAUGCAGAAGAUGACGCUGGGUAUGAACACGGGCGUGGCGCUCAACCCGGCCAGCGACUUCGGGCCCCGCCUCGUGUGCCUGAUGGUCGGCUACAACACAAACAUGUUCACGGAGGUGGGCCUGUGGUGGCUGUGGGGCCCGUGGGUCUCGACCGCUUGUGGCUCUGUGGUGGGGUGCGCGGUUUACGACUCGUUUGUCUUUGUGGGCUCUGAGUCGCCUAUCAACUACCGCUUGCCGGAGAAGUAUAGGAACAGGCUUAAGAAGGCUUUGCCGGCUUCGAAGAGGGAUUGA